UCGAAGUAAAACAUAUAUUCGUCGUCUAUGAGUGGCAAUGGGAAUAAUACAGACAGCUAUACGAUUUAUAUAAGAAAAACCCUAUAGAAAUGUGUUUCAUAAAAUUGGCGUGGGAUUAGUAUAUAAAAUAGAUGACCUAUACUGGUUACAAGAGCUUAAACAAACUAUAAAUACAUUGACAAUGGCGUCGCCGUUAAUUAUCUUGUUUAUCAAUGCUGGUAUCCUUGGAGUUUUAGCGUCAGUUUUUGUUGUGCUGGCCAUUUCCGUAAAUUCCUGGCAGAAAUACGAAUAUAAGGAAGAUAAAUUAGCAGAAAUAAACAGGACGGAAAAUCAUCUCUUCAUGAAAAAUAUUUCAGCUGACAAUUUCUUUUUACAAGUGGAGGAUUCAUCGACUUCCGGUCUUAACACAAAUGAAGAAAGGGAUAUUAUCCCAAGAAGUAGUUUGAUCUCCAAUCGUGAAUGUUUUACGUUUGUGACAGAUUUUGAUGAAAGCAACGGGGGCUAUUCAAGUGAAGCGAAACAGAUAGCCAGACUACAGAAUUCUGCAGCGUCAUGUUAUAUCGUGGUUAUUAUAGAUCUUAUAUCAGCUGCUAUUGUUGGACUGAUUGGUAUUACACAAAAACAGGUAGCAAGCUGUAUGGUCACAGGAGUCUUAUACUGUAUGGCAGCUUUAUUUGGUGUAUUUGGUCUAUCUAUGUUUCAUACCAAGGAUUAUUAUGAAAAAUUCAACUGUUAUAGUUUGACUGAAAUCCCUACGGCUGUUUGUCCAGCACGAGUUGUUACAAUAGACUGGGCUAUACCAGUAGCAUGGUGUGGAGUCUUAUUCUGUGUCUUAGCCUGUACGCUCUGGUUAAUAGUUGCACGGGCAUUACGUGUUAUUAAAGCUAAAACGAUGCUUUAGAAGUGGUAAGUGUGUGAAUUAUUUACUGAAGCGGAAAUGAAACGUCACAAGUGCUUUUAUUUACAACAUUUGAAAAGACGAAAUACGCUAAGUGUAAGGCUAUACUAUCACAUGUGAUUUUAUUAGCAACAUUUAAAAGACGAAAUGCCCUCAGUGAAAGCUCAUUCCAUGUAUUGAAUUAAAUUGGUAAAACGUUCAAUGACAUUAGACGACUCUUUACAAUUCGGGCCACUUAAACAUGUUUCAACGCAUGACGGGAGGAGAAUAUGAAAUCGACAACGUCAAUAACUCAAGUGUGCAACAAGAUAAGAACAAUUCUACGUUGUUUAUUGUCAUUAUGUCACAGGGUACAAAUACAAUAACUGGUGAAACUAAUCUAUGUAUUGAACAAGUUUCAUAAAAAAAAUCAAAAGGGAAGAAAACUCAUGUCCGGUACACAUGUGUUGUUGAUGAGGAAUAAUUGAUUCAUCAUUUGCAAAAAUAUUCCAAAACACGUGACUUCUGGUUUAGUCCUAAGAAUAACUUAAAUGACGAACUAAAGAUAUUCAUCACAUAGUUAAAAUACAUAGAGUGAACAUUUCUAUCUAUAUCUAGGCAUUCCCUUCAAAGCACCAUUUUCCCAGUAUCUUCCCAGUUUUCUUUCAGAAUAAUAUACUUUGGUGUCAGUGCUCUAGGAAUAUAAUCCCCAACAAUUUUCUAGAGUGAUAUACUCUGUUGUCAGUGCUCUAGGAAUGUACUUCCAUACAAUUGUCUAGAGUGAUACACACUGUUGUCAGUAUUCUAGGAAU